AUGAUACUCCUCCGCCGCGGCCUCGACCUUCCCGGGUUUCUUUUCAGUAGUAGUACUACUACUCCUGAUCUACCGCAGUCAUGCAACAACAACAACAACAACACCACCACCCCUCCAGAUCCUCCCCACGUCAACCCUCGUCGCUCGCCUGUUUGCCCUACCUCCGACCUCGAAUGCCGCUAUGUGCGCUCUCGACGCGGAAUGCGCAGCAAACCCGACAAUCCGCCGUCACCCUUAUUCAACCAUCACGACGUGCCUUUGUUCGACGCCGAUGCUUUCUCCAAUUGGCUCAAUAGCACCCCCCUGCCUCCGGACCUGGAUGCAGGCGAAGCCUUGUUCCAGUCCCUCGGCUCGCCUCAGACCUUCGACAUGCCCAGCUUAACAGACGAUGCCAUGAGUUGGCCCGAACCCGAGCAGCUGUCCACCCCGGGGGUGGCUUACGACCCCAUGAUCCAGCUGUAUUACCAGAAUUUCCACCGGUCGCACCCCCUGCUGGUCCCGCGGAAGGCGCUGGCGUCGCCUCUGGCGGAUCGCAUUCCGUCCUACCUGCUGUUCAUCAUGCGCUACGUCGGCGCUCACUUCUACCCCGAUCCGGCCUUCAAGGAAGAGUUUCGCGCGCAGGCCUACGCCGUCUUCGCGGAUUCCACCCUGCGAGACGGGUUCAAGGUGCAAGGCAUGCUGCUGCUAGCCAUUGUGGAGCAUGCGCACGGCCAGGAUGACAGUGCCCAUCGAUCCAUGCAGGCGGCCAUUGACCUCGCCUUGGAUCUGGGCAUGCAUCGCUCCGGCUUUGCCGUGGAGAACUCCGAGGGCGACUUCCUGAUGGAGGAGAGCUGGUGCCGGACGUUUUGGGAACUCUACGUCGUUGACGGCUUAUUGGCCACCAUGCGAGACCAGAGUUCGUUUCGACUCUGCCGUCAACGGACGGAUGUUCGAUUACCCUGUGCGGAAGAUGCUUUUAGCUCGGGGAUCGCCCCGAUGUCGAUACGACAGACCCUCAACGAUCUCGAACGCAAUUGGUCCCUCGGACAGGGCAACUGCCCGUCGUCCUUUGCCUAUCGCAUCCAUGCCAUCCAAAACCUCGGGAAAGUCAUGGAUGUGAACCGCUCGCUCGAUAUAGAUCUCGAAGCCCGCGUGCAGACCGUCGACGCCAGCCUCGUGUCAUCCUUGAUGCGACUCCCUUCAUCUCAAGGGUCCGGAUACGACAGUUCCGAUUUUGACGAACUAUUAUUCCAGGCAGAAAUGAUCACCUAUAUCGGGAUGAUCUACCUCCACCACCCCCGUUCCAGCAUGCGCUUCGCCUCCUUCAGCAACCGCACCUCAUGCACACGCCUCAAAGCCGCCCGGGAUGCCUCGCAUUCCGGCUCCGCCGACCUCGACCUCCACUCACAGAAGUUUCUUCGCGCCGCAGACCUGCUCUCGAACCUCGCCACCCUGCCGAAUCCCAUUCAAGGCCGCACGCCGUUUUUCACGUGUGCGCUGGCCAUCUGCAUCGUGGUGCACACCGCGGCGUGCAUGGUGGUGCCGUCCGCGGGGAAGGUCGAGUCCCUGAAGGCGAGAAUCCAGCUGGGUGUGGGCGGGUUGAAUGUCCUGGGGAAGGUGUGGCCGUUGGCGAAGACGGUGAGGGGGCAGAUGGUCGAUAUGUAUCAGGAGGUGGGGCUGCGAUGA